AUGAAUGGCACACAGUCGGAGGUAGAUCUCCUGGACGUGGGUAAGUCAUCUCACCCAGCUAUACCUCGUGUGUCUCUGAUAUACGCAGACGACUAUGACCCAAUCGAACACCUGAAUCAGAUCUUCUCCCAUCCCUCCACCCUUUCCUCCGUCAGCCAAACGCACCGAAUACUCCAGGCCUAUCAGGAUGACCUCGACCAUGAGAUCGACCUCCUCGAGGACGAGCAGGUUAGAGCCAACGCAGAAUGCCUGCUACGAAUGCAAGCGACAAAGGCAGAGCUGGCCGACCUGUUUCAGCGGAUCGACAGUGUCCGUGAAAGAGCGGUGCAAACUGAACGCAACAUCACCGAGAUGACAGCCGAUAUCAAACAGUUGGACAAUACAAAGAAGAACCUCACUCUGUCUAUGACCGCCCUAAAGAGGCUUCAAAUGCUGACGACUGCCUAUGAGCAAUUGAGAGUGUUGGGCAAGACCAAACAAUAUCGAGAAUGUGCUCAAUUGCUUCAAGCCGUCAUCCAGCUCAUGGCGCAUUUCAAGUCAUAUCGUUCAAUAGACCAGAUUGCUUCUCUUAGCAGGAAUGUUGCUGACAUCCAACGGGAACUUCUGGAACAGGUGUGCGAAGAUUUCGAGAUCACAUUCACAAAAGAAGAGGUGGCUCAGAAGAGAGGUCUUUUGCAUGAAGCAUGCUUGGUCGUAGACGCUCUCGGUGAUGCCGCAAGGUCCCGCUUGAUCACUUGGUACUGCAACACGGAACUACGUCAAUAUAGACAUAUCUUCAAGUGGGACCAAGAGGCAGGUUCGCUGGACAACAUCGAUCGUAGGUAUGCAUGGUUCAAGAAGACGCUGAAGAUCUACGAUGAAGAACAUGCUGCCAUCUUCCCCCUUCAUUGGCGUGUAAAUGAGGUACUUGCAAAUGUCUUUGCAGAAGGCACCCGGGAGGAUUACAAAGGCAUUCUGUCCAGGACCACGCGUAACGGACAGACCAUUGAUGUCAAGAUGCUGUUAUCUUGCCUGCAACAAACUCUGGAUUUCGAACACGGUCUGGAGAGACGCUUCAACCAAUCCUCCCGAACAUCAAUCGACACUGUGACUUCUAGCAACGAUACUCCUCUGUUCUCACAACCCAUAUCUGACGCAUUUGAGCCAUACUUGAGUCUCUGGGUAGAUGCUCAGGACAAGGAAUUGGCCAGCUUGUUGCCUCAAUAUAGGCAGAGGCCUACCAGGCUGGCAGAUGAGGAGUUUUCUUCUCAGCAGGUGAUUCCAUCGUCCACGGAAUUGUUCAACUUCUACCGGCACUCAUUGACCCAAUGCGCGAAGCUUUCCACUGGGCAACCAUUGUUGGACCUGUCCAAAGUAUUCGGACGUUACCUAGACCAGUAUGCCCAACAAGUUCUGUUGUUUCAUAUCUCCGAAAAGCCAUCAGGAGGAACGCCCUCUCGAAAUCCAACCACCGAAGAUGUUAUAUUGGUAUUGAACACCGCCGACUAUUGCUUUAAUACCUCCAACUCACUGGAAGAAAAAAUCAAAAGUCGUAUCGAUGAGAACCUCAGGGAGAGCGUGGAUCUACAAAGCCAAGCGGACGCCUUCAUGGGCAUAGCGAGUGCUGCCGUUCGAGCCUUAGUGCGCCGAGUCGAAGUUGAUCUUGAGCCCAGCUGGAGGGAGAUGAGGAAUAUUGCUUGGUCCAGAAUUGAGAGCUGUGAGGACAAGAGCUCCUACAUCAACGGGCUUCAAAGCCGUAUCAAGGACAGGUCCGGGGAGAUUCUGUCGAUGUUACACAAGCAGCAAUAUGCACGGGCGUUUGCAGACAACCUGGUGGAGCUUCUUGCUUCGACCUAUACUUCGAAUAUCGCGCUAUGCCGGCCGAUCUCUGAGGGCGGCGCCGAACAGAUGCUGCUGGAUACUCACGAGAUCAGGAACACCUUGAGCCACAUUCUGCCUGGCACUCCUCCAACACUAUUCAUAAAACGCGUCACGGCAGCCUUCGGCAAAGUCGAGCCUUUGCUAAAGACGUUACAAGUCCGCCCUUCGCCACCUGAAGCUUUGGUACAGGCUUACCUGAUCCACAUCGCCGAUCUGUCUGAAACCAACUUCCGCAAAAUCCUCGAAAUGAAAGGAAUCAAGACAAAGGCGGACCAAAAUCAUCUGGUAGAAUUGUUUCAGAUGCACAAGUUCAGUCCACGAUAUAAGGAUUCACUGGUAGAAAGAUCCCCUCUGCUGACUUCUAUAAAUUUUUCGGGAUCAGCGGUGGUACCAGUGCAAGCCUCUACUCCGGCGACAGCAUUGCACAACUUGUCGGCCCUGGGUAAUUCGGCAGCAGCAUCUCUUAGCACUGCCAACCUCCCGGCCAACAUGAAGUUCGACGCGUCCGGGUUGGGGAAUGCUAUUAUUGAUCGGUUUAGCAGCCCAAGCAUUGGUACACCCAGGGAUGGAGCACAAAGUCCACCUCCUGUUGGAGUGCCAAUUAUCAACGCGCCAGGCGAGGGUGGAUUCUCUGGAGGCGAUGCCGGUGCCAAGUUGAAUGAAAACCUCAAGAACAUUGGCAAAUUCUUCAAACGUGACUUGGGAGGUUUUGGAGGCAUCGGUAGGUUUGGGAGCAAAGCUACGAGCCCUGCUCCUCCCGAGGAUAGACGAUAG